GUGAUAUUCCAACUAAUAUCAGUAUAGGUGAUAUUCCAACUAAUAUCAACAUAGGUGAUAUUCCAACUAAUAUCAGUGUAGGUGAUAUUCCAACUAAUAUCAGUACAGGUGAUAUUCCAACUAAUAUCAAUAUAGGUGAUAUUCCAACUAAUAUCAAUAUAGGUGAUAUUCCAGCUAAUAUCAAUAGAGGUGAUAUUCCAACUAAUAUCAGUAUAGGUGAUAUUCCAACUAAUAACAUUAUAGGUGAUAUUCCAACUAAUAUCAAUAUAGGUGAUAUUCCAACUAAUAUCAAUAUAGGUGAUAUUCCAACUAAUAUCAGUGUAGGUGAUAUUCCAACUAAUAUCAGUAUAGGUGAUAUUCCAACUAAUAUCAAUAUAGGUGAUAUUCCAACUAAUAUCAGUAUAGGUGAUAUUCCAACUAAUAUCAAUAUAGGUGAUAUUCCAACUAAUAUUAAUAUAGGUGAUAUUCCAGCUAAUAUCAAUAGAGGUGAUAUUCCAACUAAUAUCAGUAUAGGUGGUAUUCCAACUAAUAUCAGUAUAGGUGAUAUUCCAACUAAUAUCAAUAUAGGUGAUAUUCCAACUAAUAUCAAUAUAGGUGAUAUUCCAGCUAAUAUCAAUAGAGGUGAUAUUCCAACUAAUAUCAGUAUAGGUGAUAUUCCAACUAAUAUCAAUAUAGGUGAUAUUCCAUCUAAUAUCAAUAUAGGUGAUAUUCCAACUAAUAUUAGUAUAGGUGGUAUUCCAAUUAAAAUUAAUAUAGGUGAUAUUCCAACUAAUAUCAGUUUAGGUGAUAUUCCAACUAAUAUCAAUAUAGGUGAUAUUCCAACUAAUAUCAGUAUAGGUGAUAUUCCAACUAAUAUCAAUAUACGUGAAAUUCCAACUAAUAUCAAUAUAGGUGAUAUUCCGACUAAUAUCAAUAUAGGUGAUAUUCCAACUAAUAUCAGUAUAGGUGAUAUUCCAACUAAUGUCAGUAUAGGUGAUAUUCCAACUAAUAUCAGUGUAGGUGAUAUUCCAAUUAAUAUCAAUAUAGGUGAUAUUCCAACUAAUAUCAAUUUAGGUGAAAUUCCAACUAAUAUCAAUAUAGGUGAUAUUCCAACUAAUAUCAAUAUAGGUGAUAUUCCAACUAAUAUCAAUAUAGGUGAUAUUCCAACUAAUAUCAGUAUAGGCGAUAUUCCAACUAAAAUCAAUAUAGGCUAUAUUCCAACUAAUAUCAAUAUAGGUGAUAUUCCAACUAAUAUUAAUAUAUGUGAAAUUCCAACUAAUAUCAAUAUAGGUGAUAUUCCAACUAAUAUCAGUAUAGGUGAUAUUCCAACUAAUAUCAAUAUAGGUGAUAUUCCAACUAAUAUCAAUAUAGGUGAUAUUCCAAUUAAUAUCAGUAUAGGUGAUAUUCCAACUAAUAUCAAUAUAGGUGAUAUUCCAACUAAUAUCAAUAUAGGUGAUAUUCCAACUAAUAUCAAUAUAGGUGAUAUUCCAACUAAUAUCAGUAUAGGUGAUAUUCCAACUAAUAUCAAUAUAGGUGAUAUUCCAACUAAUAUCAAUAUAGGUGAUAUUCCAGCUAAUAUCAAUAGAGGUGAUAUUCCAACUAAUAUCAGUACAG